GGUCUAGUUAUGCCCAAAGAGACCCUUCAGAAGCUGUUCUGUGCAGUUUGUUCCUGUCUGGUGUUUAUCAAGGGGGCUCAGCAUCUAAAAAUAAUAUUGAUAUGUACUGUAUAUUUAGUUGAUAUCUUCAUAACUUACGAGUUUGGUGGCAGGGUGCAAAAAUGUCUUGCAGCAAAAUAUUCUUGAAGAGUUCAAGAAAGAGCCCAUCACCCAUGACCAUAUGCUUUUAUUUAUUAAUUUACACACAAUCGUGUUACGCUUCCAUGAUUCUUCAGCCAACCUGAUCUCAAGAAAAGUAAACUUUUCACAAGGUGGUGAUUUUUGUAUGAAUUCUUAUGAUGUUGAUCAUAUGAAAAGGUUUUUUGAAAAAGGUCCACCUGUUAACAAGCAUCACUAGAGUGAAACCAGAAAACAUAUAAAUGCGAUUUGUAUGAAUUUGCUACCAAUUUACCGAAACAUGUAAAGGGUUACAAAUUAUGCAAUUGUGUUGGCCAUAGCUGUCAAUACACUAAUAAUCCUAAUUAUUGAUUAUUGGGACUUUUGUAAUACCUAAAGUGUUAUAAUUGCAUAACCGGAAUACAGUUAAUGAGGCAGGCACUUUUGCAUGGUUUUUGGGUCAAAAUUCCAUACCCUUCAGUGUAAUUCUGAAUCAUACCAGAAUAAUCAUACUGAAUCAUGAACAUACUUUCCUGAUGCUUCACAUAGCUUAAUUGUAUCAGUUGUAAUAAAAUUGAACUGUCAUCUGCACGACCCUCCUCUAUGAUCAGAAAUCCAACAGAAAGGUGCCUAGGCCUCUGAUGGACUUGAAGGCAUCGUGCUCCAGGAUUGGAAAGACUCUGACGAGGGUGGGCAGUUACCAGAAGAGUUGACAAAAGUCUGCACUGUCUAUACAGAGUCCUCCCACCUAAACCCAGCUACCCCUGCCUCUCUCGUGCAGUCCCUCACUUGUCCUCUGUGUGCUUCAUUAACGUACCCGUCUAGGAGCAGUGAGCAGAAGUGUCCGGCCAGGAACCAUGGGCAUCCGAAGCAGUUACAUCGGUCUUUCUAGGCUUAUCUUCAUUGGCGCUCUGGCCAUCUGCAUGGCUUUUGUGCAGUCAGAAACAGUGGCUGAUUCCUCCCCUACACUGCAGUAUGAUAAUCAGGACACACUAUCCGGUGCUGGAAGCUUCGAUGUGACCACAAAAAUACCUUUACAAGAAGACCCCACAGAGAGCACCCACACCUAUGAUUAUGAGGACGGAACAUACUCAAUAACUCUGGAUGAGGAAGAAGUUGUGUUGGGGCCAGGUGCCAUCACAGCUAUCGUCAUCGCCGUGUUCCUCGGAGCCUCUGUUCUUCUCGCUCUCAUUGUGAUCAUGCUCAGAAAGUUCACUGCCUCUUAAGGGACAUUUAUGUGUUUUCAUUUCCUCCCUUCCUCAAACCCAUCUUUUCUUUUUACUUUCCUCUGAACUGUAUUUUCAUGUGUCUCAUUGGUGGCAGGUCCUUCAUGAAAUGGAUGCUCUUUGCUGAGACCUGUUUUGUGAUUUCUUACUCCUAUAAAACUGAAGACAGAGAAAAACAGAAUUAGGCUGAACAAAAAAGUAACUGCAAUCAAGAGAAGUCAUUGGUUCAUUUGUUUGGUGACCGUAUAAUCAAUAUCCUCUUGUAAUAAGGUUUAGACUUAAAUGUUAAAAGGCAGAAUUAUUAUAUUAAAGCCACAUUUUAAGAUAUUUAAUACCAUCCAUCCUUUUUUUUUGUUUCAUACUGAUACUGUAUUGUAUGAUACUGUAUUGUAAUGUAUACCAACUUUCUUGUCCUUUAGAGUUUGAUAAAGUUUGUGCGUGUGUGUGUACAGUAUGUAUUGAGUGAAAUCAAAGCAGUCUGAGAGUGAGUGAUUUAACUGAACUUUUAUACAUAAACUGAUGAAACUGUCACCUUGUGAUUGGUCACUGAACAGAUAAAGAGACC